GUGGGCUACCAAAAAAUCGAGAACUGAAACAAAAAUCGCGUUUGCAUGCGACAAAAUCUUUCAGCGAGUGUGUGAAUGUUGCUAAAUUUAUAAAUAACAGCUUAAGUUGUGCCUGCUCCCAAAGUAAAUUGAAAUAAAAGCAAAAGUGAUGCGUCCGCCGUCGUGAGGAAAACGUAGAUGGAAAAUGGGAAAAUAGGAAAAUAAGAAAAAUAUCAACGCAUAAAUAAAGCGCCGCGUUCGCGUCCGAUUCUGUCGCAUUUGCCGGCUGCAUUCCCAAAUAGAUCGGGGCGCUAUACUAUACUAUAUAGCACUCACUGCAGUAUACUACAUAUAUAUCCCAUUCCCAACCUGGCCGGUGCGUGCCGGUGGAUUAUGUAAAGUGGCACACGGCCGAUCCCGAUCUCGGAAUAUCGCCGAGCGCGAAAAAACAAAGGGAACGGAAUGAAAGUUUACCAAAGAAAUGAAUAAAAUGAAAAUAAAAUAGGGGAAUACAGAGAGUGUCGUUGAGGAUCCGUAGAAAUUUGUCGCACGCGCGCGAUUUCAGUAAGUGCAUCUAAUUUAUUUUGCAUCUAUUGCAAUUGAGAGGCGUUCGCCGAGUGCAUCCGCCAGAUACGUUUUCGUAAUUGUCGUCAGUGGUUCGAGUUGCUCCGUUUCGAUCUCGCGCGAUUCUCUGCCGGAUUGGAUUACCCAGCUAGGCCCAAAAUAAAUUAUACCUACGUGCGAUUUUUGAAGGGACCAAAACAUAUUGUGACCGAAUUUUGAAACUACGUUCUACGAGGACCGCUUGCCAAAAGCAACGUAAUGUCGUCCUACCGCAGUUAUACACCUUGGAAAACGAGCUUGGGAAGUUCCUAUAAGCCUGGCAGCGCUUCGUACGGCACUUCUGGAGACUCCACAUCGCGCUACACUUCACUGGCCACCCCAAGUUCCUACAGACCCUCGUUUUCUGGAGGAACGUACCGCCUUAAAAGGGAUCCACCACCACCAGCGACCACAACUACAUCUACCGGCUAUGUAAGUCGCUAUGCAAAGACAGAACCAAAGGAAGCAGCUCCGACUGAGAGGAGCAGUCCCGUGAAGAGGUAUACAGGUACCACUACCAGUGCCCUGGGAAAGUAUGGACGAUCUCGAGACCCCAGUCCGGUGGCCUUGGAGCACACAAAUCGCAACAAAUCCCGCGACCCGAGUCCUGUGAUCGAUAGCACCAGGAGUAAACUGGGAUCCACAUACCGUGGAGGUAACACCACCACCUCCAGUUCAUCCUCCUCGGCCACCAGAAACGCCUACAACAGUCGCUAUGGAGCGGCUUCUCGGAUUUCGGGAAAUGGAAGUGCCCUAUCCUACUUGACCACCAGUGAUUUUCAUGCUAGAACUGCCAGCAGGGCCAAGGCCAGCAGGGAAAGGGAAAAGGAAAAGGAGAAGGAAAAGGAGGAAGAGGAGAAGCCUAGGGAAGUCUCCGAUAACAAGGAUAAAUCUCCAGAGAAAGCGGUAGAAAAACAACCAUCAAACGAUGACGAAGCCAAAGAAUCCUUCAUAACGAUUUCCGUGGUGACCAGAGCCACUUCACCCACUCUGCCGGGUAGCACCACCGUUCAGAGAACCCGUCGCAUUGAUCCAGCUAAGACCAUAGAGAAGACCAUCCAAAGAUCUACAAAGAGACGUGAGACAACAGACCAGGAGAUUCAGUCAGAUCGAUUGGAUGAUUCCACACGAUAUCUUCGCUAUAGCGCAGGCAGCAGCAUUAGCUCGACUUAUAGUCCUCAUAGGGAUAGGAUAAGCAGUCUGCGGUACAGUGCCAGUCCCUUAAACAGUUCAGGAUCUGGAAAGUCCAGUUCAAUGGGUGAGGGAAAACAGAUUCAGGCAAUACCAGAGGCUGUAUCUCCAGCAAGGACCAAUGGCUCUGUGAGUUCAGCAAAAUCUUCAGAAGCUUUAUCCCCGCCAAGGUCGAAUGGAUCUGUGGGUUCAGGGAAAUCAAAUGAAGCCCUAUCUCCAGCCAGAAGUAAUGGGUCUCCUAACUCAUCGUCAAAGUCUCCAGAAGCCGUAUCCCCGCCUAGAACAAAUGGAUCCUCCUCAAAGUCCACGAAGUCCAAGCUUUCACCGCCAAAGGCAAUACGCUUGAACUCCAGGCAAUCUUCAGUGGAAAAUCUGGUCAACAAACCACCUGCACCACCUAGCAAGGCGGACUCACCCACCAAGACCUGCAGUUCCAGUUCAGGAAGUUCAGCGGUCAAGUGGCCCAACAAGGAUUUCCGCAAGUCCUCUCUAAAUGUGGGUCCUACGGAUAGGCCUCGGAAAUCCCGAACUCCCAGCAGUGGUGGAGAAUCCGAGGAUCUGCCCAACGGCAGUAGCCUAGAAAGGUCACCUAGUGCUGGAUCCGAGGGAAGUCUAGCCUCUGCUUCCUCGAAGAAAUCCACCAAACUAAGCAAUGGCAAGGUGCCAGGAAGUCCAAAGCCAAAGAGUCACAAAUCCUGCAGUGAAACCACCACUGGCAACUCAUCCUCGACCACUGCCUCCGCUUCGGACAGCGAGCAGCGGGUGAAGACCGUGAAAAAGCAGGCCAAAAAGAAGAGCACCAAAGAAGGCGGUGCAGGCAAGGUCGUCGCCGCCGCCCACAAGCCAAAUAGCACCACUGAAUCACCCUCCGCCGAGGUUGAAGUGGUGCCAGCGACACAGACAAGACUGAAGAAGCUAUCGGCGGUAUCGAAUUUUUUCGCCAGCCGUCAGCAAGACGCAAAUAACGAGCCGAUCUUCCUCGAAAGCUCCGAGAGCUCGGGCGAACCGGAGGCUCUUUCGCUGCCCGUGAUCUCGGGCAUAUCGGCCAUCUCAAAGAUCUCGAAAAUCUCGGGAAUCAGUCUGACAACAGAUUUGCGAACGAACGAACCGCGAACGACGCCAUCGAGCGAAGCGAAACCCUCACCCCCAACGAAUUCCCAGAGUUCGAGCACACGGUGUCCACGAGAAAGCUCUACGGGAACGGGAACGGGAACCAGGUUACCCACCAGCACGGUUAGCACCACCCAGGACACGAGUCUCACCACCACCACCGCCAGUUUAACAACCUCCGAGCAGGAAGAUCCCAGUUGGUGGCAGGAUACCAGCCUGCAGAUUAACACGGCCUCUGCUUUGGAUCAAAAUAAUCGAGGAGAGAUGCCUCCUUAUAGGUUAAGGCACAUUGAUUCUGGGGAGGAGCAGGCCUGGUGGCUGCGCCAGGAUGAAAACGGCGAUGAUGAUGACACUUUAGCGGAGGAGACCCUUAAUACCCUAGAUGACGAUGCCCAGGAGCCGAGCAAGGCAACCUGGUGGAGUCAGGAGGAUCAGGAGGACUCCAGCAGUCAGGUAAAGCUGAUGCCCAGGAGCAGGAUAACGCCGGAGAAGGAUGCCUGGUGGCUGCAGGAGGAAGAGGAGGCUCAGGAAUCCCCUAGGGAGAAUGGCGAUCUUAACAACAACAAUAGUGAGCCACAUGUGGAGGUGACCCUAAGAUUACCCUCGAAUGGCAGCCAAAGGAGCUCCAAGGGUAGUGCUUCCAGGAGUGGAGCUAAUUCCAAGAGUGGUGGCUCCAAUCCUUGGUGGCUAUCCGGACCCGCUAGAAAGAUGUUCAAUGUACAGCGCGUGGAGUCCGGCGAAAGAGCCUGGUGGCAGGAGGAGGCACCCGAGGAGCCACCUCCGCAGGAAAAAGAGAACGAACCACCGCCAGUGAAGCCACCCACUCCUCCACCGCGAAUCAUCAAGCAUUGGGAGUCCGGGGAGCGAGCCUGGUGGCUGCAGGAGGAUACGGAGAGCACUCAGCCUCCAGUUCAACAGCCCAGCAGUGAUGAUGAAGAGCAGCCAGGUGUGGUCUCCAGGGAUGAAGUGGAUCUGCGACUGGCACCACCACCCACACUGGCAUCGCAGGAGCUGAGCACCUCCUUCAAUUUCAAUGCCUACUCCGAGCGUCCGCCGCCCCUGGGUCAGUGUGCCAGUCCCGUGCGCUGCCCCUCGCCCUAUGACAACAUUCCAAGGUCGCAAGUGCAGGAGCCACCACCACAACAACAACCCACUCCCACUUUGACCACCCUGCAGCCACGAUUUUCACCGCAAACUCGGCGGGCCGGCGAAAAGCUCUUCAUCUCGCGGCAUCAGAACAUCGACGAGUUACUGGGAGGGGCUUGUCGUCCCCUCAGUCCGCUCUUCUACGGGAACUCCAAUCCCGCCGAGGCUGAAUUGACCCCCUUGGCCAGCAAGAACAUGUUCCUGCUCGAGGAGGUGACUCCAGACCAGGUGCGGAUCCACGACAGCACCGCCCAACUGCCGGUCAUCCAACGAAUGCAGCGCGAUGUCGAGUGGUUGGAGAAUGGUAGCAGCUUUUACGAGCCACCCAAACAACAACAUCAACAUCAACAGCAACAACGCAGGAUCGAUGAUGCGGCCAUCCAGGUGUACAAGGAUGGCGACUACGGAGCCUACCUGGAUCUGGAAUCAUCGCUGGCCGAGCAGAGCGAGGAAAUCGAGGGACUCAACGUCAGCCGCAAGAACUCCCUGGUGGUGCGAACGCAGUUAAAUGUGCGCGUGCACGCAAUUAUUGAGAAACUGCUGUCCGCGGAGGGCAGUGACCUGCGGCGGGCCCUCUUCUCGCUGAAGCAGGUGUUCCAGGAGGAUAAGGAUCUGGUGCACGCCUUCGUGGCCCUCGGCGGCCUAAAUUGCCUGGUGCGCGUGGGCAAUUGUGCGGAUCAAAACUAUCAGAAUUACAUUCUGCGGGCCCUCGGUCAGGUCAUGCUCUAUGUGGACGGAAUGAAUGGCGUGAUGAAGCAUGAGCCGACGAUGCAGUGGCUCUACUCGCUGAUUGCCUCCAAUUACCGAUCCGUGGUGAAGACCGCCCUCAAGCUGUUGCUGGUCUUCGUGGAGUACGCCGAGUCCAACUGCUAUGUGCUGGUCAGUGCGAUACACGCGGUGGACGCUUCCCAGGGCACUCUGCCCUGGUCGAAUAUAAUGAGACUGCUUAAGGACUAUGAUAAUGCCGAUGCCGAGCUGGUCAUCUAUGCCACUUCGCUGAUCAACAAAACCCUGGCGGGCCUUAACGAUCAGGACAGUUUCUACGAUGAGAGUGAUCUUCUAGAGCAGCAGGGCAUGGAGACUGUGAUUCAGCGAUAUAUGUCCAAGCCGGGCACUGAUUUGGAUCUGCUCGAUCAGCUGCAGCUCUACGAGGCUGUGCUGAAGUUUGAGGAUGGUGAGUCGGAUGGCCAGCGCUUACCGCAGAAUUCAAUGCGUAAGACGCAGCGCUAUCGUCCGGGGACUAACACCACCGAAAGACGCAAAUCGCGUCGCCACAGCACAGAUAAUAGCCCAGCCCCUCUCACAAAGGUCCUGCCCACCACUGUCCUUCGGAUGACCCCCACCCAAGCCACCGUGGAUGAGGACAGUUCGGGAUCCACCAACUCUACGGAAUUUAGUGGAGGACUGUUCAAUGAAAAGAAACCUCGUGAUGGAGCAGGCGUGACCCCGGGACUUCGGAGAAGAAGAGAGCGGGCGGAGCGGCACAAGAGCUUCCUGAAGGAGCAACAGGAGGCGGCGGCCAACGGGAUCUUUGCCGCCCUGGAGCAGCGGGAAGGACUGGGGCAAAUUGUAACCGCCAUACCCGCCACCAUCCAAGUUGGCGACAGUCCGCCCGAGUCGCUGCAACACGAGUUGCCGCCGUGCAACAACAUCAGCGGCAUCGGCAACCUUAGCAACAUUAGCAACAACAAUGUGAGCAACCUCAGCUGCAAUGACACGCCCAACAACAGUCUCCUGCUGAUGAGUCCUAGCAAACAAUUGCUCACCGGCAGCCACAGCAUCUCCAUCAUAAACAACAGCUUCGAUAAGGCGAGCAACAAUAACCAGAGCGAGUUCCUAACGAAGAAGAACCUAUUUCGGGAACGCAAUUCAACUGUGAUCAAUGGUAUUAUGAAGAAUAUCCAGCAAACCGAUAGUGCCUAUAAGAAGUACGAGAAUGAGGCGAAUCGGCUGAACAACUACUACAGCCAGUCGCCGAAACAUCAGAUCCAUCAGAACCAUCAGAUCAAUCAGAUCCAUCAGCCCAUUCAGCCCACGCCGGAGGUGCUUUUGAGUCCCAAGAAAACGCUGAAUGCCUCUGGGUUUGACUUUACGCCCGCUCCCCUGAGUUCCACCCCGGUUAAAUGUGAUGUCCAGCCGGAGGCGGAGCCACUGCGUCCGGUUGGGAAACCGGAGACAGCCCCACCACCGCCUCCUCCACCGCCACCGCCGCCACCACCGCCCCCAGGGUGGUGGCACGCCCCCAUCUACAACAGUCCGCCAGCUGCAGCUCCUCCAGUUCGAACCCUAACCAGUACUAACCCAGAGCUGCUGCCGCAUCCUGUGGAUCCUUCAGAUAUGGACAGUGAGGACAAGCAGCUGCUGCUGCAGCUAAAGCGGGACCACACCGUCAAGGAUCUCACCCAGAAGCUGAGCAACCUGCCCAUGAGUCCCACUCAGGAUCCCGCGAAUCGAGCCCUCGUCGGCGACAUGUCCGGCCUCAUCUCAAAAGCCAAAGAGGGUCUGGCCAAGAGCAAGAGCAAGGGAGAGAUAUCCAGAUCUUCUAGUGUAGAUCAGGAGCUGAAGAAGUCUGAGCCCAAGAAGUCGGAGAACGAACUUCACUGGGAGGAGCUGGUAAGGAAUAUGACCAGGCCUUUGAAUCUCUGCGAUUUGGACUUUACGGAUCUGAGGGAUGAUGACGAGAAGGAUGUGUUGGCACCUCGAAGUCUGGGUGCUGGCAUACCCCCUCCUCCACCACCCCAGGGAGGGGCCAUUGCCCCACCGCCCAUGAUGCCCCCCAGCUUGGCACCUCCGCCCAUGUAUGGAUAUGGUGGCAGUCUUACCAACAGUGUUAACUCGCUGAAUGGAUCCAUAAAUGGGGAACUGGUCAAUGGGAAUAACACCAUCAAAAAGAACAAGAAGACGGUCAAGCUCUUCUGGAAGGAAGUGCGCGAGGACAUGAUACCGCAGGUGGUGGGCAAAACCAUUUGGGACGAGUUGCCCGAUGCCAAUGUCGACACCCAGAAGCUCGAACAUCUCUUUGAGUCCCGGGCCAAAGACUUGAUGACCAAGGAGAAACAACAAGAGCUGAACAAGAGCAAAGAGAUCAUCGUGCUCGACCACAAGCGCUCCAAUGCCAUCAACAUUGCGAUCACCAAGCUGCCUCCUCCGAGGGCCAUCAAGACGGCCAUCCUCAAGAUGGACGCCACUGUGGUCACGCGGGAGGGCAUCGACAAGCUGCUGAAUAUGCUGCCGACCGACGAGGAGAGGGGAAAGAUCCAGGAGGCCCAGCUGUCCAAUCCUGAGUUGCCCCUGGGCAGUGCCGAGCAGUUCCUGCUGACCCUGGCCUCCAUUUCGGAGCUCGAGGCGCGCCUGAAGCUCUGGGCCUUCCGUCUGGACUUUGACAACAGCGAAAAAGAGAUUGCGGAACCCCUGAUGGAUCUCAAGCAAGGCAUUGAGAUCCUGCGUCAGAACCGCACCUUCCGCAGCAUCCUUUCCACGCUGCUGUCCGUGGGCAUCUUCCUCAAUGGAGCUCCCGUCAAGGGAUUCCAGAUCGAGUAUCUGGCCAAGGUGCCGGAGGUUAAGGACACGGUGCACAAGCACUCGCUGCUGCACCACCUCUGUCACAUGGUCAUGGAGUCGAGCAGCGAUACUAGUGAUCUCUACUCCGAGAUUGGACCCAUCACCCGAGCCUCCAAGGCGGAUUUCACGGACUUGGCCCACAAUCUCAAUCAGCUGGAGGCGGAGUGCAAGGCCUGUUGGGAUCGUCUGAAACUGAUUGCCAAACACGAUUGCCCACAGCCGUUGAAGCAAAAACUGGUGGAUUUCCUGGCCGAUUGUGCGGAGCGCAUCAUUAUCCUGCAGAUCGUCCAUCGGCGGGUGAUGAACCGCUACCGGAAGUUCCUUCUGUGGUUGGGGAUGCCGCAGCACAGUGUGGCGGAGUCGAGGCCCAAUGAGUUCAGCAGGACCCUCUCCGAAUUCGCCCUGGAGUACCGCACCACCCGGGAACGGGUGCUCCAGCAGCUGGAGAAGAAGGCCAACCACCGCGAGCGGAACAAGACGCGCGGCAAGCUGAUCAUCGACAUGGCCAAGUUCAAGACCAAAGAUGACGUGGCCGAUGACGAGCUGAAAAAACUGCUGGACACAUCCAGUGCCGACCAGGCCGAUGGCACUCUCACCUGGCGAAGAAGACGGGCGGAGCAGCUCCGUUCGCCGAUUGCCCGCCAGAGUGAGGAGCAGUUCACCGACGGGGAUGAUGAGAUCUUGGAAUCCCUGGUUAAAACCGCCACCAAGGCCCCAGGAACAAGGACAACACCCAGGGAACGGAAGCGGACGCGACAUGCGGAUCGCAAAUCAUCGCGCUAUGUCUAUAACCUCUAGCUGGAUAUCCCAACCAGAAACAAACUACACCACCAGCAAUUCCAAUGAGAAACUAUAUAUUUAUAAUUCCCUCAUAAAAUUCCAAAUUCACACAAAAUUCUUUGCAGUUUUGUAUCCCCAUUUACAACAUAAUAUUCCCAAUUUCGCAGCUUUUUUAUCCCCUUAGUUUUGCCAAGCUUACGAAUCUGUUGCCUUUAUUGGGUUUUAAUUUUUUCCAUUUCGUUCUUUUACCAUUAACGCACCAAUCCAACAAACCAAUAAAAAAAUCAAAUAAAACCGAACCCAACAAAUCUGAAAUAUUGACUAUCGAAGUGAAGCGCAGCCGCACGCGCGAAGGAUUCACAGUUGAAAGAGCACCAUCGCCGUAGAAACCGUUACUGUUAACCGAAUCCGUAACCGUUACCAAAA